UUUUUUUCGCUCCGCUUCUCUACAUCAGGCAGCUUUGCACAACUUUUCGGCUCCGUAGAAUAACACAGGAAGCCCGACACAGAUAUCGCGACCCCCGGCAGGUUUGGGAACAGCUCCCGCCGCACACGCUCACGGCUCGGGUCGGUGGAUGAGCGCGGCACGGAGACACGGCACCGCUUUCCCACGCAACGUAUUAAAAAGAGGCAAAGUUUCUCGUGAAGGCGGCUCGUGCUGAGAACUUCUCGGUCCCUGUUCCGCCUGGGGGGGAAAAUGGGGACUCGAACCGGAGCGCGAGGGCUUUCUCUUUUGAUCCUCAUGGUCAUCGGGUCGCAUCUCAUUAACGUGGCCCAGAGCUCAAAGGUAUGGGAUGAGGUUCCAGUUCCAGAGGAUCUCGAAGCAGCAAGCGUGCCGAGACUUCAACGCUACCUUGAAGACGAUGAAGACUUUGCUGCUGAUCAAGGUUCAGGAGAUUUAAUUAGUGGAGACGAGGAAGGAAGCACCUCAGAAAUUUUUUCAGCUGACCCCUCUACAACAAUUUACUAUCGCGCCCUGGUGAACUUCACAGACUCGUUCACCUACGGGCCUGAACUCGACGACAUCGAUUCCGCCGCCUUCCAAGAAAUCUCCGCCGCCAUUGUUGACACGCUUGAAUCUGACUACUCCAAGAUAGCAGGAACCCAGACUGUCAAUGUGGUCCUCAUCAAGCAAAUUGGCAAGGAUGUGUUUGUGGAACUGGACGUGGGCUCGGAAGACAACGCCAACGAGUCUCAGCUCCGGCAGGUCCUUUACUCCGUGGUUGAGGAGGGAUCCAUUUCAUCCUACACCAUCUCUCCCAAUGGCUUCCAAUUUAGACGCCUAGGAGAACCUGAUACCGGCCUCCACGUGGAGCCGCUAGCCUCACCAGUGAAGCCCAGUCCAGUUGAGCCCUGUUCCAGUGACGAGUUCAGCUGUAGAAGCGGAGCGUGUAUACCUCAGCAUUAUGUCUGUGACAACAGACCAGACUGUCCAGACAUGAGCGAUGAGAUUAAUUGUGAAAAACCUGUGACUCUUCCACCCAUUCAAAUACCAUUUACCACGUCAGAGAUCAAAACCCCGGCACGCCCCGGACCGUGCCGCUCCGAUCAGUCCACCUGCCAGAACGGGCAGUGCAUCUCCCGAGACUACCUGUGCGACGGAGAGUCCGACUGCAGCGACGGAAGUGAUGAGUUCAAGUGCGGAACCCCGUCGCCUUGCGAGCCUAACGAGUUUAAGUGCCAGAACGGCCGGUGUGCUCUCAAGCUGUGGCGCUGCGACGGAGACAACGACUGCCAUGACAACUCCGACGAGAUCAACUGUCCGGCUAAAAGACCCGGGGAUGUGUGCGCGCCCGAGCAGUUCACGUGUCUGAGUGACCAGACCUGCAUUCCAGCCAGCUACCAGUGUGACGAGGAGGCGGACUGUCCUGACCGCUCCGAUGAAUACGGCUGUGUUGCACCCACUGUGACCAGCCCUCCGGAGGAGUCCGUUAGCGCGACACGGGGCCAGACGGUGACCUUCAGGUGCAUAGCCUCGGGCGUGCCCGUCCCCAUCAUCACCUGGAGGCUUAAUUGGGGCCACAUUCCAGCCAGUAACAGGAUUACAAUGACCAGCGAAAACGGCCACGGGAUGCUGACCAUUCGUGACGUGAAGGAAGGAGAUCAGGGCGCGUACACGUGCGAAGCCAUAAACGCUAAGGGCUUGGUGUUCGCCAUUCCAGAUGGCGUUUUAACCCUGACACGAGAAUCAAAUAACUGUCCGGGUGGGCACUUUAACAUCGGCAACCGCUGCGUGCCCUGCUUCUGCGCCGGCAUCAGCAAGAACUGCCACGGCACCCGGCGCUACCGCAGCCAGAUCGCGCUGCGCUUCACUGAGGAGGAGGACUUUAAAGGAGUCAACGUGUCCUUCCCGUCUCGGCCCAGCUCUCCUCCGCCUCUCUCCUCCACACAGAUGAUGGUUAAUCCGGAGGUGGAGGAGUUCCAGCUGGUGGAUUUAUCUCGUCGUUUCCUGGAUCUGGAAUCGUACUGGACUCUACCACGCCAGUUUCUUGGCAGCAAGGUGGACUCCUACGGCGGUUACCUGAAGUAUAAGGUGCGGUACUUGCUGCAGAGGGAUGGCUCCGAGCCAGUGGACAAGCCUGACGUGGUGCUGAGGGGUAACGGCCACAGACUGGUCUACCGCCGUGGCCCUACCACUUUCCCCGACGUUAAAAACCAGAGAGAGAUCAAGUUCACCGAGGAAAACUGGCAGCACUCGUCCGGGCAGCCGGUGAGCCGCGAGGAUCUCCUGAUGACCCUGGCGAACCUGGAGAGCAUCAGCAUCCGCACCGUCUAUAACAACCGCAUGGCCAGCGUGGGUCUGAGUGACAUAACCAUGGACACCACCAGUACAGUGUUCAGCUUUCAGGGCCAGCCUAAUGACGUGGAGGAGUGCAGGUGUCCACCCGGUUACUCCGGCCUCUCCUGCGAGUCGUGUUCGUCCGGGUUCGAGCGGGUACCUGGGGGACGUUAUCUGGGCACUUGCGCUGGCUGUAAUUGCCACGGCCAUGCCAGUGCCUGUGACCCCAUCAGCGGACACUGCCUGAGUUGUCAGCACAACACGGAGGGGCCGCAGUGUGACAAAUGCCGUCCCGGCUACUUCGGCGAUCCCAGCCGGGGUCGACCGGACGACUGUAAGCCCUGUCCCUGUCCUUACACAGAGACAUCUCGCAGGUUUUCAGACACUUGCUUCCUGGAUGUGGACGGUCAGGCCACGUGCGACGCGUGCGAACCAGGCUACACCGGACGCCGCUGUGAGAGGUGUGCGCCCAGAUAUGAGGGAAAUCCUCUACAACCCAACGGCAGAUGCAUUCCACAAAACGAAGAACUUAUCCGCUGUGACAACAGAGGAACCAUCAGUUCCAGCAGCAGACCAUGCAACUGCAAGGCCAACGUUGCUGGAGCUUUGUGCGACCAGUGUAAGCCAGGAUCCUUCCAUCUUUUCGGUGGAAAUCCUGACGGCUGUUUGCAGUGUUUCUGCAUGGGAGUGACCAAGGAGUGUGCCAGCUCCACCUGGACCAGAGAUCAGGUGCGAGGCGGCGUCAACGGCCAGCUGUUUUCUCUCGCCAACGAAGGCAAUACUCGUUCCGUCACCGAGGGCAUCACGCAGAGAGGUGGCGCCGAGGUCGUCUACCGCUCGUUUUCCAGCAUCCCUAAAGACAUCUACUACUGGGUGCUGCCCCAAAGCUUCCAAGGAGACAAGGUGACGGCGUAUGGAGGAGAGCUGCGUUACAAAGUGCGUUAUGAGCCAGGCCCGCGCAGCCUGGUGAUCGAAAACAAGCCUGAUGUGGUUCUCCAGGGCAACGGCAUCUUCCUGGAGCACUACUCGCUCACCAAGACACUGCCACGAGUCCCCACCACCUUCGCUGUGACCUUCCGACCGUCUGCAUGGAGGAGAUCUGAUGGACAGCCGUGCACCAGAGAGCACCUGCUGAUGGCCCUGGCUGACAUCUCCGUCUUCAUGAUCAGAGCCACUUACGCGGACGAGAUGGCCGAGAGCAGUCUCGCUGAUAUCCAGAUGGACAUCGCGGUGCCACAUUCCACCGGGAACGAACAGGCUCUGGAAGUAGAGGAGUGCGCCUGUCCUCAGGGAUACAGAGGCCCAUCGUGCCAGGAUUGCGAUGAGGGAUACACACGGACAGGAUCAGGCCUCUACCUUGGCACCUGUGAGAAGUGCGAGUGCCACGGGCACGCUAGCGGCUGUGACUCAGAGACGGGUGCAUGCUUGCAAUGCCAGCACAACACAGCUGGAGCCAGAUGUGAAAACUGUCGUGUGGGUUUCUACGGUGAUCCAGUGACCGGUGGUAUACAUGCUUGCCGACAGUGCCCUUGUUUUGGACCCGCCUCUGCAAGCAGCGAGAUGAAAGCUUGCUACCUGGACACAGAUGGACACCCUACUUGCAGUAGCUGUCCUCCUGGUUAUACCGGACGGCGCUGUGAGAGAUGUGCUCCUGGAUACACCGGCAAUCCUGAACAUGGACAGAGCUGCACUAAAGGAAACGGGAAUUGCCAAAACUGCGACCAGCGAGGAAGCGAAGGCUGCGAUUCAAACGGGAUCUGCCGCUGCAAGAUGAACGUCGAGGGUCCGUCCUGCUCCAGCUGCAAGCCUGGCGCCUUCAACCUCAGCCCUGCCAACAAAGAUGGCUGCCUGGCGUGCUUCUGCAUGGGCGUCACUCAGCAGUGCUCCAGCUCAUCUUUGUACAGAGAUGUUGUCAGCACUGUGUUCGCACCCGGAAAUGUCCAAGGCUUCACUCUGGUGAACCGGCAACGCACCAACCGCAUCACUACCGGCUUUUCUGUGGAAUUGUCCACGGAGGGAACGCAGCUCUCCUUCACCAACUUCGACCACCACAGCCUCGAGCCUCACUUCUGGCAGCUGCCCUCAAGUUACCAGGGAGAUAAGUACUCUCUGGUCUACAAAGGGUCUAGCAUGCACUCGGAGGAUGUUCUCUUCUGGAAGCUCCCCGAGAAGUACCAUGGGGACAAGGUUAACGCCUACGGAGGAAAGCUCAAGUACACCAUCUCGUACGUGAUCGGUCCGAGAGGCACUCCGAUUGAGGACGUAGACGUUCAGAUCAUUGGCAAUGACAUCACCCUGGUGGCACGCCAGGAUUGGAAAAUGGGGCCAGGGACAAGACAGACCCGUACCUUCGAGUUCAUCUUUCGAGAGGAGUACUGGCAGCGUCCUGAUGGCAUGCCCGCCACUCGGGAACACCUGCUGAUGGUGCUAGCCGACCUGGAUGACAUCCUGAUUCGAGCCUCUUACCACACUGUCGAGCGCUCGUCCAGCAUCUCGGGGGUCAGCAUGGAGAUCGCCGUGCCUCAAUACACCGGUCUGGAGCGGGCUGUGGAUGUGGAGCAGUGCCGCUGCCCACCUGGGUAUCAUGGCCUGUCUUGUCAGGACUGCGCUCAAGGCUACACCCGGACAGGUGGAGGACUCUACCUGGGCCACUGUGAGCCGUGUGAAUGCAACGGUCAUUCAGACUCCUGCCACCCAGAGACUGGCACCUGCACGUACUGCCAGCAUAACACCAUGGGUGAGCUAUGUGAACAGUGUUCUGCUGGGUUCUUCGGAGACGCCAGUGCGGGAACCCCGGAAGACUGUCAGCCCUGCGCCUGUCCUCAUACCGACUCAGAGCACCAAUUCUCGCCCACUUGUGAGAGUCUGGGUAACGGGGACUACCGGUGUACUGCCUGUCAGCCGGGAUACACGGGCCAGUACUGUGAGCGGUGUGCCCCUGGAUAUUUCGGAAACCCACAACAGAGGGUCAAAUGCCGGCCGCAGAAUGCAGGUGCCUCUUUAGUGGUGAAGGUCUACCCCGAGAGGGUGCAGGUGUCUCCUGGCAGCUCAGUCACCCUCAGGUGUCAGGCAUCCGGACCUCCGCCACACUAUUUCUACUGGACACGUAAUAAUGGCCUUCCCAUCUCCAGCUCAGCUGAGAGACGCAGACAAGGAGAAGAGUUGCAUUUCGCCAGUGUGCAGCCUUCCGAUGCAGGCGUGUACACGUGUACCUGCCGAAACCAGCUCAACACCAACCGCAGCCAGGCUGAGAUCAUCGUAGGAGUCGUUAGACCUAUCGAGGUGUUUAUUGAAGAGCCUAAAUCCCAGCGUGUGUUCCCAGGAAAUACAGUGAACUUCAUCUGCACAGCCAAGAGCAUACUCCCGGCGUACACGCUCGUGUGGACUCGUCAGGGCAGCGGCAAGCUUCCCGAACGUGCCAUGGACUUCAACGGCAUCCUCACGAUCAGGAACGUUCGGCCCGAAGACGCCGGGAUCUACGUGUGCACCGGCUCCAAUAUGUUCGCCAUGGACGAGGGCACUGCUAUCCUUUACGUCCCAGAAGGAUCUAAGGCUGAGAUGUUUUACACAGCCUAUGAAAUGUUUGAAGGACAUAGACAGCCUGGGGAAGUAACAAAGCCGACUGUCACGAUCAACCCAGCUGUCCUCAACGUCCAGCAGGGCCAACGCGUUGAGGUCCGCUGCACCGCCACUGGCAGCCCAGCACCUACAAUUGAGUGGACAGGAGGUCCGGGCAACCGCAUUAGCAGCAGAGCCAUCAUCCGAGGCGGAGUACUCACUUUCCCUUCUGUGCAGCGCUCUGAUCAGGGCGAAUACACUUGCAGAGCCUUCAACAUACACGGGGAACAUGCAGCCCGGACGGUCCUCUCUGUCUCCGGUUCUUCUGUUGAUGAGGGGGUGAAGCCUACAGUCACGAUUCAGCCAUCCCUGCUCAGAGUCCAACAGGGCACACGUGCUGAGUUCCAUUGCACUGCAACUGGCAACCCAGCUCCUUCCAUCGAAUGGACAAGAAGCCCGGGUAAGAGUAUCAGGGGCAGCACCAUCAUCAGGAAUGGUGUUCUCACCUUCCCAUCGGUUGAGCGCUCCGAUGAGGGCGACUACAUCUGCAAGGCCCUUAACACCCACGGAGAACAAGCAGCCCGGGCAGUCCUCGUCGUUCAGGGUUCUUCUGCUGUUGAGGUAUUGAAGCCUACAGUCACGAUCGACUCGCCAGUGGUCACCGUCCAACAGGGCCAACGUGCUGAGUUACGCUGCACCGCUACUGGCAACCCGACUCCUUCUUUCGAGUGGACAGGAGGUCCAGGCAACCGUAUCAGCAGCAGUGCCGUCAUCCGCGGCGGCGUUCUCAUUUUCCCCUCUGUGCAGCGCUCUGACGAGGGCGAAUACACUUGCAGAGCCUUCAACAUACACGGGGAGCAUGCAGCCCGGCUGGUCCUCUAUGUUCAGAGUUCAUCUGCUGCUAUUGUCACGAGGCCCACUGUGACCAUCCACCCGCCUGUGGUUACCAUCCAGCAGGGCCAACGUGCUGAGUUCCGCUGCACUGCCACCGGCAACCCGGCUCCUACAGUGGAAUGGACGGGAGGUCCAGGUGGUAACCGUAUCAGCAGCAGAGCCAUCAUUCAAGGCGGAGUUCUCACCUUCCCUUCUGUACAGCGCUCUGAGGAGGGUGACUACACCUGCAGAGCCGUAAACGCACACGGAGAACACACAGCACGGGCGGUCCUCUAUGUCCACAGUGCCAGUCUACCUCACGUUCAGGUGAGCCCCCAGCGGGUGGAGAUCCACGAGGGUGAGACUUUACGGCUCUACUGCAGAGCUGGAGGCUCGCCCAGUCCUGGUCUGACCUGGAAAAAGAGAGGUGGAGCUCUUCCUCCUCAGGCCAUUCCUUCUCAUGGUUUCCAUCAGUUUAAGUCCAACAGUCUCGAUGCCUUGCAGAAACGUAUUGACGAAAUGCAGGCUCGAACGGAGCGCACUGACUACGGUACUCUGCUCAUCCCCGAAGUGAAGAUGUCUGAUGCCGGCACGUAUCUGUGUAUCGGCACGAAUGCUAUCGGAUCCUCGGAGGCUGUGAUUUACGUCACUGUGAUUAAAAGUGAGACUGUCCCCUCUGAUGUCACCAUCCAAAGCACCAGUAGCACUGUGGUGCAGGGAGAGACGCUGGAACUGAACUGCAUCGUCCAAGGAAACCCUCCACCCUCAGUUAUAUGGAGCAGAGCCAAUGGCUUAGGCUUGUCCUCCAACCACCAGGUUGUUGGAUCGAAGCUGCGUAUUCUUCAGGCGUCACCGGACGACUCGGGAGAGUACAUCUGCAGGGUGUAUGGAGGCCCAGGCACUCGCCAAGCAACCAUCUACGUCUCCGUUACCUCCGAGGCAGUCCGUCACCAGAGCCCGAUCAUCUCUAUCGAGCCCCACAGUAUAGUGGUGAGGAAAGGAGAGCCAGCCAGCUUCUGGUGCCGGUUACACACCGGAGCGCAGCCCAUCCGUCUGGAGUGGAAACUCUCUUCUAAUGAGCCUUUAGCAGAUAAUGUGAAGCUCAGUCCAGACGGUUCAGAGCUCACCAUCUCCAGUGCUCAGCCAGUAAACCAGGGUGCUUACCGUUGUGUGGCCAGCAACCCAUACGGAGUCACGCACAGCAUUGCGUCUCUGAUUGUCAGAGAACCCCCCACUGCUACCGUGACACCCACUGGACCGUUGAAGGUGCAAGUGGGUGAACCCAUUAACCUGGAGUGCCAGGCAGCUGGAGAGCCACGCCCCUCUGUCACCUGGCACAGGCUGGACAACAACCGCAGGACAAUCAUGAGCAGCCCUCUGUCCAUGGAGUCCAGAGCUGUCAUGCAGAUUUUGGUUGCACGACCUGAGGACAGUGGCACAUACAUUUGCACAGCUCAGAACAGCCAGGGCAGAUCAGAGACUCGGGUGGAGGUGAUUAUAGAGGGUGGAACCCAGGUGCCAAGUGCACCCCGUGCUAUCGUGCGUGAUCCUCUGCUGGUUGUGGAAGAUGGGAAAACUGCAGUUCUACACUGCGAUGCCCACGGGUUUCCGAAACCAACGAUCACCUGGUCGAAGCUUCGUUCACCUCUUCCAUGGAGACAUAAGAUAGUCAAUAACAGUCUGAUCUUGCCCAGCGUUGGACCACAGGACUCCGGGCAGUACAUCUGCAACGCCACCAACGACCUGGGUGUCAGCGAAGUCACCAUUAUGGUGGAUGUAGAAACACCGCCACGCACCACUACUCUUCAUGAUGAUGUAGCGGUGCGAGUCGGUGAGGUCAUCAGACUGCAGUGUCUGGCACAUGGAACACCACCAAUGCGUUUUGAAUGGAGCAAGGUGGGCGGCAGGCUGCCCCCCCGGGCUGAGGUGCAGGGAGCAAACCUACAAAUCAACCUGGCUGACCCAAGCGAUGCUGGAACCUACAAGUGUAUAGCUAGCAACAAAGUGGGCAGGAGCGAGGCUGUAGCUAAAGUGUCCGUACGAUCGCCACUGUCGGUCCGUGUCUCUCCCCAGGUGGAGGUGAAGGCUCUGGGAAGUGCAGUGGAGUUCACCUGCUCAGCCAGUGGAGGACCGGAGGUCACCUUGGAGUGGCUGAAGGAGGGAGGAACACUUCCACACAAUCAUCACAUUAAAGAUGGAGUUCUGAGGAUUGAGAACUUGGAAAAGAGCAACGAGGGAAUGUACAUCUGCAGAGCAACCACGCUGUUUGGCCAGGCGCAGGAUACCGCCAAGCUCACCAUUCAAGAACCCCCCAGCGCUACCGUGACACCCACUGGACCGUUGAAGGUGCAAGUGGGUGAACCCAUUAACCUGGAGUGCCAGGCAGCUGGAGAGCCACGCCCCUCUGUCACCUGGCACAGGCUGGACAACAACCGCAGGCCGAUAAUGAUCAGCCCUCUGCCCAUGGAGUCCAAUGCUGUCAUGCAGAUUCUGGUUGCACGACCUGAGGACAGUGGCACAUACAUUUGCACAGCUCAGAACAGCCAGGGCAGAUCAGAGACUCGGGUGGAGGUGAUUAUAGAGGGUGGAACCCAGGCGCCAAGUGCACCCCGUGCUAUCGUGCGUGAUCCUUUGCUGGUUGUGGAGGAGGGGAAAACUGCAGUUCUACACUGCGAUGCCCACGGGUUUCCGAAACCCACGAUCACCUGGUCGAAGCUUCGUUCACCUCUUCCAUGGAGACAUAAGAUAGUCAAUAACAGUCUGAUCUUGCCCAGCGUUGGACCACAGGACUCCGGGCAGUACAUCUGCAACGCCACCAACGACCUGGGUGUCAGCGAAGUCACCAUUAUGGUGGAUGUAGAAACCCCGCCACACACCACUACUCUUCCUGAUGAUGUAGCGGUGCGAGUCGGUGAGGUCAUCAGACUGCAGUGUCUGGCACAUGGAACACCACCAAUGCGUUUUGAAUGGAGCAAGGUGGGCGGCAGGCUGCCCCCCCGGGCUGAGGUGCAGGGAGCAAACCUACAAAUCAACCUGGCUGACCCAAGCGAUGCUGGAACCUACAAGUGUAUAGCUAGCAACAAAGUGGGCAGGAGCGAGGCUGUAGCUAAAGUGUCCGUACGAUCGCCACUGUCGGUCCGUGUCUCUCCCCAGGUGGAGGUGAAGGCUCUGGGCAGUGCAGUGGAGUUCACCUGCUCAGCCAGUGGAGGACCGGAGGUCACCUUGGAGUGGCUGAAGGAGGGAGGAACACUUCCACACAAUCAUCACAUUAAAGAUGGAGUUCUGAGGAUUGAGAACUUGGAAAAGAGCAACGAGGGAAUGUACAUCUGCAGAGCAACCACGCUGUUUGGCCAGGCGCAGGAUACCGCCAAGCUCACCAUUCAAGCACUGCCUAAAGUGAUGAUCAACGUGCGCACCUCGGUCCAGACGGUCACCGUGGGCACCUCAGUGGAGUUCGAGUGCCAUGCCGAGGGCGACCCGGUUCCUAGCGUGCACUGGAGUAAAGGGGGAGCUCCGCUGCCUGAUCAUGUGCAGGUGAAAGGGGCCGUGCUGAGGAUCGAUCGCGUGAACGAGUCUGACGCCGGGCAGUACCGCUGCACUGCGACCAACAACGUGGGCUCCGUACAAUCUCAAGUGGUCCUUAACAUCCAGUCUUUGCCCCAGAUUGUCGCUCAGCCUGAUGCGAAAGAAGUGACUGUCGGCUCGUCCGCGAUUUUCCCCUGCAUUGCUACCGGAUACCCCGUACCAAACAUCACAUGGUCGAAGAGGGAGAACGAACUCCCACCGAAGUGUCUGCAGGAUGGCCAUGUGCUCAUUGUCCCGGGCGUCACCCAUGAGGAUUCUGGCACGUACGUGUGUACAGCAUCGAACAAGCAGGGCAAAGUGGAGGCCUUUACCAAACUCAUUGUGCACGAGCGAGUGAUGCCUUAUUUCAGUCAGGAGCCUCUGUCCUACCUCAUGCUUCCCACCAUCAAAAACUCCUACAAAGCAUUUAAGAUUCAAAUCACCUUUAGACCAGACAACGUAGACGGUCUCAUUUUGUAUUCCGGAAUGAUCCUGUAUAACGGGCAGAAGAAGAAAAUAGGGGCUGAUUUCAUUUCUCUCGGGCUUGUGGGUGGCCGCCCGGAGUUCAGGUUCGACGUAGGUUCGGGUAUGGCCACCAUCCGCUACCCGACUGCAAUAAAGCUCGGCGAGUUCCAUACAGUGCAGCUUUACCGUAACGGCACGCAAGGAUCCAUCAUAGUGGACGACAAAGCUCCCAUCUACGGGACCUCCCAGGGCAAAUUCCAAGGGCUGGAUCUGAACGAGGAGCUGUUUGUAGGCGGCUAUCCAAACUACAGCAUGAUCGCCAAAACGGCAGAGCUUAAAAGUGGCUUUGUUGGCUGCAUCAGUCAGCUGAUUAUCCAAGGGGAUGAAGUUAUUUUCAAGGAUCUGAAAAAGAAUUCGACUGGAGUGACUAACUGCCCCACUUGCAAGGAUGACCCAUGCCAGCACGGCGGAUCAUGUAAAGAAUCAGUGGAAAGUCUGUACAAGUGCACCUGCCCGAAAGGAUACACCGGAAGCAACUGCCAGCACCGCUUAUCCGAACACUGCCAUCCAGAGGCAUGUGGCCCUGAUGCCACCUGCAUUAACCGGCCCAACGGUUUUGGCUACGACUGCCGCUGCCACCUCGGCAAAUACGGACACAAAUGCAUGGACGGCACGCUGGUGACGACGCCGCUGUUCAACACUGACGAUUCGUAUAUCGCAUACCCUCCUCUCACAAACAUUCAUGACGACCUGCGUAUCGACAUCGAGUUCAAACCCAUGGACGAAGAUGGUUUGAUAUUCUUCAUUGGCGGGCAGAAGAUGAAGGUGGAGGACUUUGUCACUCUCUCGCUUGUGGACGGACAUGUGGAGUUUCGAUAUGAGCUCGGCACAGGCCAGGCCUUGCUGCGGAGUCAGGAGCAGGUAUCUGUAGGUCAGUGGCACCAUGUGACAGCAGAACGCUCUAAACAGGACGGCAUUCUGAGGCUAGACGAUGGGCCCGAGGUCAAGAGGUCAUCUCCCGGGAAGGCUAAGGGUCUCAAUGUCCACACGUCCAUGUUCCUGGGUGGCGUGCCGAAUAAGGAUAUCCUGCCCAAACCUGCCAACGUCAGCAUGUUCUACGACGGCUGCAUCGGAGAGGUGUCUAUCAAUGGAAAGAAGAUCGAUCUGUCCUACACUUUCACAGAGAGCAGGGCCAUCCGUCAGUGCAUUGACGCCAGCCCGUGUGACCGCAGGCCGUGUCAGUAUGGUGGCACCUGCAUGCCCAGCGCUGAGUACGAGUUUCAGUGCCUCUGCAGAGACGGCUAUGACGGGGAGCGCUGUGAGCUGGUGAGGGACACUUGUUUGGACUCGUCUCAGUGCCACAACGGAGGCAGCUGCGUGAGCGGUCACUGCGUGUGUGCUGCAGGUUACGCGGGCCUCUUCUGCAGGGAAGGGCAGGAGACCAACGUCAUCGAGGCGCCGUGGAAUUUGGAGGGCAGCGGGGUGAACGAUUCCCCGGUACAAUACGCUGCAUUUUUCCACGAUGACGGCUACCUCGGCCUUCCCAAACAAAUGUUUCCACGCAGUGCGCCUGAGGCACCCGAGACUAUCGAGCUGGAGAUAAACACGCUCUCUUCGGACGGCCUCAUUCUGUGGCAGGGGGUGGAAUCAGGAGACAAGGGAAAAGGCAAGGACUUCAUAAGCGUUGGCUUACAAAACGGACAUGUGGUGUUCAGUUACCAGCUGGGAAGUGGAGAGGCAGAAAUCCUCUCAAAGGAACGCAUUAAUGAUGGACGCUGGCACAAACUCACUGCAGUCAGGACAGGAAAGCAGGGCUACAUCCAGGUAGAUGACAGGACGCCUCAGCACGGACAGUCCCCCGGCAGGAGUGUCAUGGUAAACACCAAAGGCAGCAUCUACCUGGGUGGAGCCCCAGACAUGGCUGCUCUCACUGGUGGGAAGUUCUCCUCAGGCAUCACAGGUUGCGUGAGGAACCUGUCUCUGCUUAACGCCCGGCCGGGAGAACAGGCGUCGCAGCCCAUCGACCUGCAGCACCACACUGGAGACGGCAAAAACGUGCAGCGCUGCUCAUCGUAGACGAACGCGCUGCAGCGCCACCUAGAGACUGAGAAAAUACUCACACACACUGCAGGAGAGACACGGGUCUCAGACACCUAAAGGACUGCAGAUGCAUUUCACUUGCAUUUUACACACACACACACACAUGCAUACAAAUACAAAAGACUGUUCUUACAAACGUACAGGAUUGCAUUUCACUUCCAUUUUAACCUUCGUACACACACGUACCGCAAGAGCCAUACAGGGGUCUCUGAGACAGCCAAAGUGUUUUUGCUUUGUGUUUAACCUACACACUCACACACACUGAUAUAUUCUCUUGGUGCCUUACUGCUGCCAAAAAUCUUUUUUUUUUUUAUCUCUGUGCUGCAUAAACCAAAAGAGGGAGAGAGUAAAUGCUACAUCUUUCAUUAAAUGUCGGAUAAUGAAGGACGAUUACAUGGGAAAUCAGUUUACAUAGUCCUGCAGUAGUUUUUUUUUUGGCAUGAGAGAGAGUGGGAAUUUCUAAAAAAGACAAAAAAAAAAAUACAUGACAUGGUUUCACUGAUGGCUCGGAUCCUACGUGGUCGGAAAUGAUGUUUUUACAGCACUGAAUUUUUAUUUAUAUGCAUAUAAAUAUAUGGAUCUAUAUUAAAUAUUUGUGUCGGGAAGGACGCUAAUUAACCCUAGCCUGUUUUUUGUUUUUUUCCUCAAGUUUUUUUUUCCCUCUAGGUCCUAAUAAUGUGUGUCUAAGGCUUGUGCGCUGAGCUGUGUUUAAUACUUGAAGACUCUGCAGCCUUUCGUUUCUUCUCUGUUCUUUCUAAGACGGUUUAGACACUUAUAGAACACAGGGACAAGGGGAGGGGGAGUUGGAAGUGUGGGGGGAG